UGCUAAAUUAUUUGGAUUGCGACUGGGCAUUAAUUCAAAGGAUUCACAAGCAUACAAAACCUAAUAGACGUCUAUGAAAAGAYAACUGUAUGAUAAAAUUGUGAUGUUUGUGAGCUCGAAGCAAUUAACAGGGCAUGGAUAGCGACGGCAGUGGUGCACCGAAGUUCUGCGGUAACAUUCUUGUCCGUCGUUCCAAACAACGGAGUUUUAUUAAUAAGACUGGUUUUGAAGGAGUCUUUGGUGUUCUGACAGAUCAUGAAUUUAUGUACUAUCGUAAUUCCUCUCAGUGGACCAACAAAGAGAAACCGCAAUUGGUAUUCAAAACCUCUGAUAUUCAAGCAGUUGAGGAAGUAGAUGACGUUGCGUUUAGCAGACAACUGUGUUUUCAGAUUAUUUAUACAAGUCGAGYAAAGAGAGACGAAUCCAGACGUACGCUAUACUUGGCAGCAUAUGAACUGGACGAGCUGCGUUCAUGGAUAUCAUCAAUAAGAUCAGUUUGUCUACUCAAUCCCGUUACSCUAUUGUACUAUCAUCCGGGGAAAUUCACAGGAAGAGCCUGGACRUGUUGUUCUUCGUUAAAACACAAGACUAGUCCAGGAUGUAAACCAUCCACAAUACCAGGACUUCCAGAAAUAAGAAAGCAAAAAUUCAAGGUUUCUUCAGCUAUUGAGUUCUUUGGGUUCACGGUCAUCGCGAAUGAGUCAUUUGAUUCCAACCUCCCAGGAAGUCUUCCGUUCAAAAAGGGAGAUCACCUAACCGUCACCGAAGCAGCUGGUAAACACGAAUGGAAAGCUUUUUCAGCAUCAUCCACGAGUGAGUUUGGUGUCAUACCACGUGAACGUGUUACGAURGCAGAUAUAACACAAGAACCGUGGUAUUUCAGCGAUAUCCCAGGUGGAUUAGCAACAGCAAUACUAAGGGAACAGGAUCCUGGUUGCUUUCUUUUACGACUGAGAUUAGUAGGAUAUGCUACUAUACUCUCUAUCAGAAAUGAGUCGACCGUGAAGCACGUAGAAAUCGCAUUCGACGAAUCGUCUCAGAAAUAUCGAAUCAAAGACGAAUCAGACUCUGUAUCGUAUGCUAACUUCCUUCAAUUUGAAACCAUCCAACAGCUCUUGGACCAAUGUAAACAGCACCCAACUCUGGGACUCACACUCGAUACAUAUCCGCCUAUCCAAACAGUAGAAGAAUUAUGGAAGUUAGACUGGAGCGAUGUGAAUCCAGGAGAAGAGAUAGCAUCUGACUUACCAUGGGUGCUCAUGGAAGGAAAGUUCAGAAACCAAAGUGUAUUGAUCCAUCUUGAAAAAGAUGGCUGUUCAGAGACGGUGAAGGAAGGAUUUACCAACCAAGCAAGAAUAUUGAUGACCCUAUGCCACGAGAAUGUUGUAAGGUUCUGUGGAAUGGGAACAAAAGGAUGUCGCGGUUUUCUGGUACACAGCUAUUAUCCUAAAGGAAUUCUAUCGGACUAUUUGUCAAGGAAUGCGCCACUUCUUGUACUGCAUCCCAGUGAAUUAGUGAACAUACUACCUGCACCAGAACUUGACAACACCAAGCAAACCAGUAAAUCCGACGUCUGGGCAUUUGGUUUGUUGGUGUACACAAUUAUAACCGCUGGCCAACGACCCAUUGCGAGCGUGGACGAGGUGUUGAAAUUUCAAGACAUUGAGGAUAUUCUGGAUUAUUUGGAUGGCUUUGCUGACAUAAUGACUUUGUGUCUUCGAACGGAUCCAACAUCUCGUCCAACCUUUGAUCAGCUGCAACAAAGAUGUAACACUAAUAACCGCCUGCAUUCAACUCCAAGUGCUUCAUCGUACUCCCUGGAAUUAGAAGGUACUUUUUGUGCCAGCAACGGAGCUGYUGUUUUGAACACCAUUCAAGAGACCCUAGUAUCCAACGAAACCUUUUUAAAAGACAUGCACAACCACACGUUGAACUCAGGCGACUUAUUGGAAGAUCUACCCAGUACCAUGAAGCAAUCAAUACCCUCGUUCGAAUUGUCUAAGGUUUCUGGUAAGAAUGGGCUGAGUUAUUCCAGUGACGACGUCAUGGAAAGACUCAAGAUGGYGGAACUCGAAGCCCUGAAGGCGAAAGUCCUGCAUGCUCGUGCAGAAGCUGAUAAGGAAGAGGUUCUCAGACAAGUACAGGAAGCCGAGAGGAAAUGUCUAAAGGAGGUUGAGCUAAUUACGAGGACAUUUAUCUGUCGCCUUAACGAAGCAAAYGACAGAACUUCCGAGGCGGAUCAUGCCAGGUACGUUGCUGAAGAAGCCAAGAGACUCGCCGAGGAGAAAUUCACUCUGUUUAAGUAUGAGAGCGAGCGUACGAUACAUGAAAUCAAAACACUACUUGAGGAGACAAUGCUAGAGAGAGAUGAAUUAGCAGUGUCACUAAAGGCGGUAGGAAUGGAUGAGGAAUCUCAGUGCAGCACCCUGAAAAGAACUGAUUCACUCAAAGAACUGGAGAAUAAAUACCAAAGGUACAUCUCGACAAGCGAUCGGACCGUUCAAAACAUGAAAUCACAGCUGGAUGAAGUUGUACGUCAGAGAGACUCUCUGGUAGAAGAGAGAGACGCUGCUCGUGUUGAAGCAAGAGAUAUCAGAGAUCUUCUCGAGAAUGUACGGAAAGAAAAAGAAGAUUUAGUUUUCCGACUUGAUGAAUCUAAUUGCGAGGUGGAGAGACUAGAAGAAACCAUUUCACGGAUGGCCCACAAGAGACAAAAAGCUGAGAGAGAACGAGACCAGCUUCAAAUUCUUACGGACAUGUCUCUAAUGAAGCUACGUCAUGCUGAAAAACCCAAGAAGAGGCACUCGUUGUGUACUCUUCCAUCAAAACAAGAAAGAAACCCAAACUUUCAAGAACUUUCCAUGGAACUCAUGGGUCUAAUGACACCAAAGUCAAAAAGAAGACAAAGCGAUGGUACUAUUUACGAAACUUCGGAAGUUCAUUCGGCUGAUGAAGCUUUUUUAUCGAGCAGGAAUGAGUCAGAAGAUGAGAGAUUUUCCUCGCCUCCUCUGGGUAGUUCUGGCAAGCACAUGCAAAGAGGCGCGUCUGAUGAGUAUCGUAUUGGUCAGGCGCAUCUAAGACGAGGGUCAACGCCGAGGGAAUCGGACAGCGAAACUGAAUUAAUAUCAUCAUUAAGUCGCGUCAACAGAAGCUACAUCAAGAGCGUGUUAAACUGCGAAAACCAAAAURAAAAAUUAAACAAGAGAAUGUUUAAUGGAUUCGGGAAGGACACUGAUGUGUCUCACAGUGAAAGUGAGGAAAAUGACACCUCUGUUCAGCAUGUUAAUAAUGACGAUGAUUUACAAAAUUUUACUGUGAAAUCCCUGCAUUUUGAAAUGAUACAAGAACAGGAUGAUAUAAUGAUUCCCGAUAAGAACCGAGACAAAAUCCAACACGAACGCCUGGACCAGCAAGAUUCCCUCWCAUUUCGAAUUCCCACUGUUCACGUAGAAGAGGUUGGCGAUUCCGUGGAACCAAACGCGGGACACGAGGAGAAGCAAAGCAUCCCAGAGAUCGAGAUUUCUCUUGUGGAUGACAAUGAAAAUUUCACGAGCCAGGGUUAUUUUUCAGAAGAUGAGGAGACAAGUGAACGAGUGUUUGUAGUCCCUUUAGAGAAUGGUGACACUUCUAUGGUGUUCUCUUUUGAUAGUGACGGAAGCGCGCUUAAGGGAGUCCCACAUACAGUUCUAUAAAAUAUCAUUCCAGUAAAACCCGAUUGACAAAUGUGAACCCAGUUAUGAAAUAAUAACACAGCUGGGUGGCAAUGGUUCAAGCUCAGUUUUUUAGUGGCAAUCUUUUAGUACCUUGGCAAUACUCCAUUUUAUAGUUCCGUUCAGUGACCACGAAUAAAUUUUUAACGAGGUUGGAGUUGCCGCGCAUGAGAAACUGCAGUUUUGCAGAUGCRCGGAAACUCCAACCUGGACAUGAAGCUAUUAUUCGUGGUCAAUUGUAAAAUAGAGUAUUAUAAUGUUUGAAAGAUCACGAUACCGCGAGAAUUGCUCAACAACCUCUGCUUUUCUAAGAAAUUAGAAAAAUCGGUAUCUCCUAGAAAAUGAAUCAUUUUGUUUUGAAGAAGCCGGUCUAAAUCGAAGACUGAUAAAUGGUUAAAAUACARCAAUAAAAAUAAUGGUGUUGAUGGUGGUUAU